AUGUCUGACGUCGUCUGGAUUCGGGUCACCGACACUUGUUCAACAAUUGGAUUAUUUGUGUCCACCUUUGGAAAUAUCACGCUAUUUGUUCUUUUAAUCAGGAAGAGCGUCAAUGGAAUCGGAACCUAUCGAUAUCUCAUGAUCAGUUUUUGUAUCUUUAGCUCGAUUUUUACAUCUCUUGAAAAAUUCAUGAGACCGCUAAUGCAUCAUUACAAAAAUACCUUAAUGGUCUUACAACGAAAACGAUUCGAUUUUUCCGAUUCUGUAGCUAUUAUCUUAUCAGCAUCGUACUGUGGGUGUUUCGCAAUGUGCUUCGUCAUGUUUGCCGUUCAUUUCAUCUACCGUUACUAUGUUUCUUGCCAACCACAAAAACUAUUUCAUUUUCGAGGAAAAAAAUUAUGGUAUUGGAUUCUUGGAAUGCUUCUGGUAGCAUUGAGUUGGGUUGUGACUGCAUACAUCUUUUUUGAGCCUGAUGAGGAGACCGAAUACGAAUUGAACAUCGUCUUGUCAACUUAUUAUGGACUUUCUCGAGAAAAAAUCGGAUAUGUGCCGUAUGCUUUUUAUAAAACAAUUGAUCAUCAAAGAGUUCUGAGGCCGAACACUCUAGUAGGAGUAUUCCAUCAUGUGGUGGUCAUGCAAGCCACCAUCUACAUAGUCUUCCAUUUUGGCAUCAAAACAUUUCGCAGAAUUCGAAAUAUACAAGCAAAGUCAGUACGAACGAAAAAGCUGCAACUCCAGCUUUUCGUGGCACUAGUUGUUCAGACAGUUAUCCCAUUAUUUUUGAUGUAUCUACCGAAUAUGAUUUUCACAUGUUCCGCUUUGCUUGGCGGAGGAAUUGGUGCAUGGGCCAAUGUUACAGUAGUCAUGAACCACCUUUAUCCGGCUAUCGAUCCAUUUGUGAUUCUGUUUAUUAUAAAAGGCUUCAGAGAUACUUUAAUUGGUAGGAAAAAUUGA